UUCGAGAAAUCAGGAUACUUUUUCUUCGCUUUUUCUUUCAAUAUUGCAACAACACACUGAUUCUUCCUUAAUUAUUGAUGUAAUCGAUUCAAAAUCGAUUGAAUUUGAAUUGAUGAAAUUUAAUUUCAUCAAUUUUUAAUCAAUAAUAUUCCUUAAUUUUUCAAAAUUAAAAUUUUAAAAAAUAAAUAAAUUCAUGAAUGAAUUCAUGAACUUCUUCUUCGCAGAGCAGAAUACUUUUUCAUCCUAAAUACAUCUAAUCCUUCGGAUUAAAGCGUAAUUAUCAUCAUCGUUUCCAUAAGUCUGUGGAAGCAAGAAGUUACUCGUUACUCUGGAAGGGGCUGAUUCGUAUAAAUGGACACAUGUGACAAUUAAAACGACAGUCUGAAAUCGUUCUCCGCUUAAUUCGCCGGCUCUGUUCAAAACGAGGCGCGUAAAAUCGAGAGAUCUUAAUUAAUUAAUCGAUCUGCACUUCUUUAAUAUCUGAAGAUAUUCCCGGUCAAGCAGUUCGAAUCAGUGGUUAAAAAAAAAUUCAUAUAUGCGUUACGUUAGGAAGACGAGCAGCAAGAUCAUUCAGCUGCAAUUUCGUACAUUUUUACCAAUUAUUGAACACUAUUAAUAUUUUAAGGGACUAUUUUCAUAUUCCUUUUCAUCAAUAUUUCCUUCUUUUUUUUUUCUUUUUAUUCCUUGAUACAGAGAAGAUUUAUCAAGAUUGGGAGUAAUUUAAAAUUUUUAAGGAGCCAGAGACAACCAGAUUUCUUAAUGAUGAUCGAACGCCCGUGUUAAUAGCCACAACGAUGGUGCAAAUCCUACUAAACAAUUACAUCCAUUGGUGGAGCAUAUACGUUCAAUAAUCACAUCAUUCCAACCAAAGCAAGCAUACAGUGCAUUACACUUUGCUUACCCCUUGAAAGAUGAAGUCACGUUUCCUGGUACUAUACUUCUUCUUGGCCAUUUCUUCAGCAGAACAACGAUCAUCUGAAGAUGUAAAUGAAAUACAUACUGAAAAAUAUUCACUUCUUUAUUACUUUUCAUGGGUUGAUUACACGGUGUUGGCUGCCAUGUUAAUAAUUUCAUGCCUGAUCGGCACUUUCUAUGGUUUCAUUGCUAAGAAGCAAGAAACCAGCCAGGACUUCUUGCUCGGAGGCUCGAGCAUGGGAACAUUUCCAAUGGCAAUGUCUCUCGCUGCUAGUUUCAUUACAGCUAUUGAACUCCUAGGAAAUCCUACAGAAAUGUAUAAACAUGGCACUCAAUUUUGGAUGACUUGUCUGGCUUUUAUUUUCGUUGUACCUAUUACCUCCUAUCUGUACCUGCCUGUCUUCAUGAAGUUAAGAUUAACCUCAAGUUAUGAAUAUUUGAAUCUUCGUUUCAAUCGAUAUUGCAGGCUACUUGCCGGUGGUCUCUACAUGUUACAGAUGAUCUUGUAUACAUCUGUAGCCGUAUAUGCGCCAGCGUUAGCUUUAAGCCAUGUCACAGGUUUAAAUACUUACAUAGCCGUCACUCUAGUCUAUGUAGUCUGUAUCUUCUACGCGUCGCAGGGUGGAAUGAAAGCCGUCAUAAUGACGGAUACUUUCCAGGCAGUAGUUCUUCUUGGUUCCCUUUUUCUCAUAGCUGGAUACGGUCUCUCCUGGUCAGGAGGACCUUCCUCAAUAUGGCAAAUUAACGAAGAAUCUGGAAGAAUAGAAUUCUUCAAUAUGGAUCCUAAUCCAACUGUUCGUCACAGUUUUUGGAGCGUGGUGAUAGGUGGAACCAUAUACUGGACAACAAUGUUUUGCAGUAAUCAAGCUUCCGUCCAAAAAUAUCUUAGCGUUAGAAGCAUUAGUCAAGUCAGAACAGCUUUAUGGGUAUCUGCUUUUGGUAUGAUUAUAAUAUAUACCAUAAAUUUCUUGACCGGUAUGAUACUUUAUGACACUUACAAAGACUGUGAUCCUCUCUUGGCUGGUAACAUAACUGGUCAAGAUCAAUUAUUGCCACUAUACGUAAUGAAUUUCAUGGGUAAUCUCAAGGGGGUACCUGGUUUUUUCGUUGCUGGAAUCUUCGCCGCUUCUUUAGGAACCGUAGCAAGUGCUUUGAACUCAUUGGCAGCUAUAACUUGCGAAGAUAUCCUACAAGGAUUAUUCAAAAUUGAUAUGUCUGCGAGGAAAGGUGCAAUUUAUGCUAGAUGGAUCAGUAUUUUCUUUGGAGCGCUCAGUUUUGCUUUGGUUUUCGUUGUGGAACAACUUGGCAGUGUCCUUCAAGUUGCAUUAUCAUUCAAUGGUAUGGUUGGAGGCAUCACACUAGGAUUAUUCUCUUUGGGGAUGUUCAUCCCAUGGGCAAAUGCCAAAGGCGCAAUUACUGGUGCCAUCAUCAGUUUGAUAAUCAUUCUGUGGAUUGGUUUGGGGGCUCAAAUUGCUGUUUUAAAUGGACAAAUUUACUUGGACAGCAAACCUGUGUCAAUUGAUAAAUGCUCUAAUAAUAGUUUAAUCACAAUUUUCAAUCAUCAGUCAAGUAACAAUCAUAAUGAAGCUUAUUUCAUAUAUAAAAUCAGUUAUUUAUGGUAUAGUGCAAUAGGCUGCAUCCUAACAAUGUUGAUAGGUGUGAUUAUAAGCUUUUUCACAGGUGUUCAAAAUCCAGCUGAUCUUGAUCAAGAUCUUUUGAGUCCACCUAUUGCUUCUUUGUUUCAUAUGCAGACAAAACCGUGUGCUAAUAAAGUACAUGGUAUCACAAAUUUUGGUCUGGAAUUAGAUGAUGAAAAAUCUCAAGUGGAAAAUGCUAAAAGUCCAAAGACAUAAAGAAAAGUAUUUAUUAUGUAUGUAAAAAUAGAUUAGCAAUUAGAAGUUGCAUUCUAAGUGAUUAUUUGAAUGCAUUCUGAGUGAUUAUUUGAACAAUUAUUUUAGAAAAUUAUAUGAAUAUUUUAGAAGAUAAUAAGAUAUUCCAAAGAAUUGUUUAAAAGCAGUAGUUCCUAAUAUUGUAACAGUCCAUUCAUUAUUUUUAUUUCUUUAAGGUUGUUUUAUAGUAAGCUAGAAAUAUUGACUGCACUAGAAAAUUCUAUGUGUUGGUUUUUAAUGGAGCUUGCUGAAUAGUGAAUUUAUGAAUACAGAAAUGAUCUUGGAUUCAGUUUCUGAAAACUAAAUAGUUAUUAUACAAGGUUCAAUAUGUAAUUUAAUCAUAUUAGAAAUUUAAGUUUUUUCAAGUACAAUUAUAAAUUGCUUCAUUCUGAUAAAAUAUGAUGAAUUAAAAAAAUUGACUAUUAAGAAAUAUUUCUAUCUUGACAACUGAAAAAUAAAUAAAAACAGAUUGUAAAUUUAAAGUUUUGAAAUUCAAAUGUUACAGAAUGAAGCAUUACAGAUAAUUAAAUCAAAAUAAUCUCUUUGAUAGAGAUUCCUUAUUUCCUUAAGACUCAAUUAAAUACCUUUUAGAGUAUUAAUUAUGAAAAAAAAAUAUUAUUUAGAAUAAAGCAAUAUAACAGAAAAAAGCCAGUGCAUAUUCCAUUCAGGAAUUAAAUA